AUGGCUUUGGCAAUGCAGCUGCUCGUACUGCUUGUCACUUUGUUCACCAGUCAGCUUGUCUACCUCGUCGUUGCUAGACUAUUUCUCUCCCCACUACGCGCAUUUCCCGGCCCCAAGUGGGCUGCACUGACCGAAUGGUGGGAAGUGCUUCACACCGCCAGGUGUGACCGCUUCAUAGUUAUCCAGAAGCUCCACGAGCAGCUGGGCCCGGUUGUCCGCAUUGGUCCUAACCAUCUUUCCAUCGCUUCUUCCAAAACAUUCCAGCAUGUCUUCGUCACAAAGUGCUCCUCGUUUGUGAAGUCCGAUUUUUACGCCACAAUCCAACCCGGAGUCGGCGACAAGUACUCAGGCCUGUUCAACUUCACCGACCACGCGCGCUCAGUACAGGAGCGCCGCGACCUGCAGCCCAUGUUUUCACCGGCCAGCCUCAGGAAGAUGGAGGGGAGGUUCGAGCCGUUGCUAGAUCAGAUGGUACUGGAGAUGAAGAAGCGGGAUGAGAUGGAUAUGUUCAAUCUCCUGAAAUACCUUCUCCUCGACGCGAUCGGCGAUCUUGCUUUUGGCGAGUCGUUCGGACAACUACAGACAGGCGAGGAGCAUCAGUACGUGACGGAUUUCAACAGGGCGUUUAUGCUCAUUGGCUUGCAAGUAACCUUCUCGUGGCUCAUUCCGUUCAUCCCCUACCUGCCACUCAAGCCUGUCAAAGACGCCUACUUUGGUCUGCAGCGCGUCUUCAAGUACGCACAGGAACGUGUGGAUGCAUACCUCGCGAGCGACGACGAUAAGAGCGGUACGCUCCUUAGUGGGUACUUGGAUACCAAGACAGGCCAGCCAAAGGAACCCUAUACCCCCUGGACCGUCGCCAUCGCCGGCCACGGUUUCGUCGUCGCCGGUUCGGAAUCCUCUUCCAUCACAAUCGCCUACAUGCUCUACCUCCUAAUCAAGCACCCCGAGGUCGAGAAGCGUCUUCGCGCCGAGCUCGCCACCUUGCCGCCAAACUACUCCUCCACCGACCUCGCUGGGCUGCGCUAUUUUGACGCCUUUCUCCGCGAGACGCUCCGCAUCUUCCCGCCAGCACCGUCGCCUAUGCCUCGUGUCGUGCCGGCCGAGGGCUUCACCAUAGAAGGUGUCACAUAUCCGCCGCACACCAUCGUCUCCUCGCAGCCCUACUCAAUCCACCGCGACCCCAAAGUCUUUGACCGCCCAGCUACUUUCGACCCAGACCGCUGGUUAACUGACUCCAAGGAAUUGAAGGACCUAAUGACUAAGGCCUUCAUCCCCUUCUCGGCCGGCCAGCGCGGAUGUCUCGGCAGGGGACUGGCGUGGAUACACAUGCAAAAGACACUGGCGCGACUGCUUGACGAAUUUGAGGGCUUUGAGAUGACGAGGGGCAUGACAGAUAACGAUAUGGAGAUGAUUGAGAGGGGCGCACUUGCAAAGCCAAGAGGUACCAAGCUUUGGGUGAAGUACCGCGUAAGGCGGAGGGAAGAGAGGCUGAAAGAGGGGCAUAGCGAUUGAUUAAUAUUAGUAAAUAUUGCAAAAGAGCGGUGAUGAGACAAUCCUAG